AUGAACCUUGGUGUUAAUCAACGUAUCGAAAAGAAGCAAGAAGAAUACCAAUCCUACUUCAAGCAGAAAGCUGACACCUUAACAUUAAAGACGAAGCCGGAUAGGAAAGUCGAAUGGCCUAUCAAAAGCUAUCAAAACAGGGUAAACAUCAAAAAGAGAAGAUUGUAUCUGGAUACCAGCGAAGAAUCAGUGGCAAAGGUUGGGAUUACAAAGCAUCGUCAAUUUAAACGCACAGCAUGGGAUCCCCAAAUGAAUCGAAAGACAGAUUUCAACAAUUUCAGCAAGAAAAAAAGUAAAUUGGAUACAUCGAUUAUGGAUGACCUUGUCAACUUUGUGAAUUGCUCAAAGUCUUCAGCACAAAACAAAAAGGAAAUGGACACAAUUGAUAACCAGGAUACAAGCUUGAUCAAAAACCUCUCACUCAAAUUGAUAGAUCAAGUCUUGAUGAACAUUGCGAACCCCAUGGACAAGGAUUCUAAUGAACCAAAGAAAGAUCUUGAUUGGGAAUUUAUGCUUGCCAAUAUUCUCCAAACCAAUCUCCCCAAGCCAGUCAUUGAGCGAGUAAAACGACACAUGGCUUUAGCCACAGGAAAAAGGACACCAGCAAUUACAGCGUUGAAUGUUACACCAUGUCAAAUAUCAGAUUUGACAAUCUCAAACACUGAAUUGGAGAUGAAGGCUACACUUCGAGAACUGUAUGCUCAAACGGAAACAGAAUCAUUUGAACCUUUGCCUGAUGGUGACGUUUACGAAGAUAUAAAAUGGUUGAUGGAUCUAUCCCGAAAAGACAGCAAUGAUCAGAUAUCAGAGAUUGCUACGAUUAAUGAGGAAUAUUCAAACCGUGUUUUGAAUUUGAAACCAGCCUUCUUCUAG